GCUACAGCAGGGAAAGAAAGGGGCUAAGGCUACGCAUACGCGUAACUGUACUGGGCUUGGCCCAUGCGUAUCGGCCCAGUUAGACCCGUAAGCCAGCCUGGAGUGGGCCGGAUAUCCAAUUUUUUCUUCCAGGCCCACCUGUCAGGCUCUCGGAUUUCCCGAUUCCCACGGGCACGAGCACGAAUGCCUCUUCACCGCAGCCACUGGACAGACGAGGGGAAGCUUCGUGGACGCCAUGUCGUCGCCGUCGCCGCUGUGCGCCGCCUCCUGUUGCUCCAUCCCGCUCCACGCGCCACCGGCUCUCCUGCGCUUCCGCCGCCCGGCCAUCUCGGUCUCCGCCUCCGCGACGCGCGCGGCGCCGGCCGUGUCCGACGACCUCGUCCUCCGCAUCGCCGAGCAGCUCGAGGACUCGGUAACCUCCUCCUCCUCCCCGCUCCUCGACCCGCUCCGCUCCGCCUCAGCGCUCUCCCUCCUCUCCACGCCCUGGCCCACCCGCCGCUCCAGCGAGGCCUUCCGCUUCACCGACAUCUCGUACCUCCGUUCCCUCCCUAUCUCCCUCCCCUCCCGGGCUCCUGAACUCGCGCCGCCCUCCUCCCCUUUCCCCUCCUACGUUCUCUUUUGCGACGGAAUCCUCGUCUCCGCUUCUGGCGCCCAUGUCAGCGCCCUCGCCGAUCUUCCCCACGGACGCGCACGCGACCGCACCGCCGCCGCUCUCGCCGCCUCCGCGGAAUUUGCCCACAAGGACCUCUUCUUUGACUUCAACGCUGUUGGGGCGAGGGACAUCGCGGUCGUGCACGUGCCCGAGGGGGUCAAGAUGGCCAACGAUCCAGUCCACAUCAUGUUUACGUAUACCACUAGCAGUGGUGGGAGUAUGCUGAUGUCCAAUCCCAGGGUUCUGGUGGUCGCCGAGAAGGAGGCGGAGGUGGCCAUAGUGGAGGAGCACUUCGGGGUUGGAGAAGAAGGUGGUUUCUAUUGGGCCAACCCGGUGGUGGAGAUUGUCAUUGACGAGGGCGCAAGGGUGGUUCAUUCAUAUGUGCAGCGGCAAUCGUUUGCAGCAGCGCAUACGAAAUGGACCGUUGUCCAGCAGGAUACAUCUAGUAAAUAUGAGUUUGUUGAGGUCAGCACUGGAGCAAGAUUGAACAGGCACAAUCUCCAUAUCCAGCAAUUAGGCCCUGAGACUGAAACGGAAUUGUCGACGCUUCACUUAACAUCUCAGAACAAACAGAUACAUGAUCUCCAUAGCAGACUGAUACUUGAUCAUCCCAGAGGUUUUUCACGACAGCUCCACAAAUGCAUCGCUUGUGGUGCAGGGAAUAGCAUAUUUGAUGGCAAUAUUAAAGUCAACAGGUAUGCACAACAAACUGAUGCUGGGCAAGAAACCAAGUGUCUUAUCCUAUCACCAAAGGCUCUUGUUAAUGUUAAGCCCAACCUUCAGAUUAUUGCUGAUGAUGUGAAAUGUACUCAUGGUGCUGCCAUCAGUGGUGAGCUUGAUCCCAAUGAGCUCUUCUACUUCCAAGCGAGAGGCAUUAAUAAGCAAACUGCAACGGAUGCCCUACUUUUCUUCUUUGGAGGCCAUGUGAUAAAGCGCAUACCUUUUAAGCCUAUAAAUGAGAAGAUAUUAGCACAGUUCAAAGAUUUGCUUACUUCCUGUAGACAAACAACGGAUGGAGCUCUUCUUUCAUGAUAUUGUUUCGGUUAGCUCAACACAUAUUGGUCGGAUGAGAAGAUUCGAGAACGUUAGAAACAUAUCGGUGAGAAGGUGCUAUGAGCUCCAAAAGCAUAUUAUUAUUUUUUGCAAAUGUUACAUUAUAAUUAGAGUCGACUCUGUACUCAUAUUAUUAUUUUUUGCAAAUGUUACAUUAUAAUUAGAGUUGACUCUGUACUUUAAAAAGGUUUUGUAAAGAUAUGCAACAUCUCUGUGGAACAGAUAACUCCACAGAUAAAGCCCACAUUUUGUAA